GUGAGAGGGAGCUCCAGUGUUCCGCGCCGCAGGUUGAGCCAGCUGUUUGCGCGCGCUGGUGGGCGGCGCAGAGAUGGACUGGACGUUGGGUGGAGUUUGGAGCAGCGCUUUUAGGAAUGGGUCCCGAACCUAUUUAGUUAGACAGCAGAGUUACCAAGAAGAGCUCGAAACACCUGAUGGUCUCUGUGGGACGAUCCGCUCCAUAUAACUCUCCUCUCAACUGUCGGAAGAUAAAUCUACCUCCAGGGUCACUUUUUGUCGUUUUUUGUGUCUCUUCUCUUCUUACAGAGCCGGCUGAUCUCUAUUUCUCUGUCUCUUUCUCUCUCUCUUCAUCCAAAUAAUUACUGAUAAGGAGACAUUGCACUAUUAUUAUUUUUUUUGUUCCUAUUUAUUGUAUUUUGCACUAACGAUGCACACCACGCAAAAGGACACGACCUACACGAAGAUUUUUGUCGGGGGUCUACCCUACCACACCACGGAUUCAAGUCUCAGGAAAUAUUUUGAGGUGUUCGGUGAGAUUGAAGAAGCCGUGGUCAUUACCGACAGACAGACUGGCAAGUCGAGGGGUUAUGGAUUCGUGACGAUGGCGGACCGCUCGGCUGCAGACCGGGCCUGCAAGGACCCCAACCCAAUCAUUGACGGCAGGAAGGCCAACGUCAACCUGGCCUACCUGGGGGCCAAGCCUCGGGUGAUGCAGCCAGGCUUUACCUUUGGUGUUCCCCAAAUUCACCCUGCGUUCAUCCAAAGGCCUUACGGCAUACCGGCCCACUAUGUGUACCCUCAGGCCUUCGUUCAGCCUAGUAUGGUCAUCCCUCACGUGCAACCUACAGCUGCUGCACCCGCCACUGCCUCCUCCCCGUACAUCGACUACACUGGAGCUGCCUACGCGCAGUAUUCUGCCGCCGCAGCCAGCGCCGCAGCCGCCGCCGCCGCAUAUGAGCAUUAUCCCUACGCUGCCUCCCCUGCUGCCGCGGGCUACAUGGCUGCCGGGUACGGCUACGCAGUCCAGCAGCCUUUAGCCGCAGCUGCCCCGGGCUCAGCCGCCGCUGCAGCCGCAGCCUUCGGUCAGUACCAGCCUCAGCAGCUGCAAGCCGACCGCAUGCAAUAGCAGCCACCGCAACCACUGGACAUGCAGAGAGAGAAGGCCCACCGUCGGCCACGGCUCAUUGGUCUUGAGAAGGAGCAGCGACAGAAAAGGAAGAGGGAGUGGCCUUGAAAGUGGGCGUGUCAGCAACGUGGAGGCAGAGUAGCUUUAAAAAGGUGAUGAUGGUGGUGGUGAUGAUGAUGAUGGUGGUGAGGUGGAAACCUUUGACAAUAACUUUCCAACUUGCUGUGCUUCAACCAAAAAACAAGAAAAUGAAAAAAAGUCACAGAACAAAUAAUGGAAAGUGAUAUACUAUUUUUGUUGUUGUUAUUAUUAUUAUCCUUACUAUUAUCAUUGUGGUAGAGUACUUAUUUCUAGAGAAGAAAAAAAGGAACUAAUCCCAGAGGUUGGUAUAGGUGUUAAACUAAGCCUUUAAGUCCUAUUGCUGUCUUCAACGUUAGUUUAGAACUUUUUUUUUCACUUGUGGUUUUCCACGAGUGAUUUCAGUUAUUUGAUGCCCUCAUAACAUUUAUAUUUAUUAUUGUUAUUAUUACAUAUUGGGGGCUGUUUUUGUUCUUUAUGUCAUUUUAAGUGCAUUUUUUUCUGAUAAUCAGGGAAAUGGAUCCGUUUCCAACGUGUUAGCUAUUACUGUGUGACCUCUGUCAGGAAGGAGUUGUAUCUCGUUGUGUCACACAUAUUUGAAGAACUACCUUUUUAUCUUCCUGAUGCUGAAUGUCCCUUUUUUACUUUGUGUCUCGACCUCUUGACCUAUGCAAAGCAAACCCCACCAGACAAAAAAACUAAGAAAAGCAGCGAAAAAACUGAAAAUGUCAUCAACUCUGACUUGAUUCUUGACUAAAGGGGGACUUUAGAAAACAAAACAGACGCACUGACAAAAGGAGAGAGGUUACAAACGGCUCCAGACAAUGAAAAACACAAAAUCAGUUGCUUUUUCACACGUUUUAGUCACACAGACACACGGGAUCCAGAGCUGCACACAUAGCAGUCAAAGACAAAGGCAGCACAGUUGUGUUUCUCUGUGGUUCUGGGAUGGAGGGAAAGAAAGAGCGAGAGGGAGCAGCUGCUGGUGGGGGUGGACGGAGCCGCUCCAGCACCACACAGACGGAUCACUCUGGAAAGAACGCAUCACUUGUGCUCGUUUGUUGAGCUGUCACAUUUUAAUCCUCGGCCGGGCCCAUUUGGGAACCGACUUCACACCUCCCACCCAACACGGAGCCCCCGCGGCACAGCCCCCCACCCCCACACCUCCCUCUCCUCCCGCCGCCCCCCCCAACCCCACCCACCACAGUCAAGCAGUCCUGCAGCUGUCAGCACUUCCACCUUUGUGGUGCUGGAGUCUGGUGCCAGGUACACACUCAACAACACACGCACACACAUUAUCACCAAAGCCACCGCAACAACUAGCCUGCCUCGUGUCUGUCAAGAUCACCAUGUAAGUUUCAGAGGGCGGGGUUUGAAUGUUUGACAUUAUGUUGGUCUGUGUGCCUUACAUUUUUACUGCUAUUUAAGAGAAAAAAUAAGAAAAAAAAGAGAGAAAUCUACUAUUUAAAAUAUUUAUUUUUGAGGGUUGACUAUGUUGAUGCUCUGAGAGUAGAGACUUAGUUGUGGUACUGUAUAAAUAAUAUUAUUAUGUACUCAUCUCAAGGCAUAUAUAAGUUAUUGAUUAGUGUAGUUCUAAUAUUAUUAUUAUUAACAUACUCAACCAAAAAUGUAAUUGUAGGAGUAAUUUAAGAUACUGUUAUGUGCACUGUACUUUUAUUUUUUAUCUUUUGGAUUCUUUAGAACAUGACAUUAAGUAUUAGCUAUGCCUUUUGUAGGGGAGAAAAGUUAUUUAAAUGCAGGCCUCUUAGCAUGCAGAUUGUACUCCGCCUCUUCUGUGUUUAGAUGAGAGGAAAGAAAUAAUAAUUUUCACAAAAAAAACAAGCAGAAAUGCUGCUUUCUCCACUAGAAUGUAUAGUUGUUGCUAAGGGUUCAGUAGCUGUGCUUCUUUUGCUUAAAAUCAUCAGAUGGGCUAUUUUACACUGUUGGGAAUUUUUAUACUUGAACUAUUUCUUACAAGGGAAAUAUGAAAAAUAAAUGUUAAAAAAACUUUUUAAGGAAGCUUUUCAUUGUCACUGGAUGAAGGCAUGUGAAGUGUUUCUGUUUAAAUGCAAAGGUCUUGUUGAUAUUAAAACAUUUAUUUUAGAAUUUCAACACCAUUUACUUAAAAUUGGAAUAAAAUGUUCUAUAUUUAAAAA